UCAGAAGCUUUUGAGAGGAACGAACCAAUCAUAAAGUGUCAUUCUCACUCGACAGUUGCCAAUCACAUUCUGAAUGAAUUUGGUUGGUUCGUUAGACCGCCUGUAGCAUUACUUCGUAUCGCACAAUUGUUUGUCCGCCUAAAUAACAACAGAUAUAUGGACGUCAAAUUUUCUCAAGGAAAGACUUAUCCAAAGCUUGAUCCAACGGAGGACUAGAUUGAACUGAUGGCAAAAUUCUAACAAUCGCAGCAAAUUGGGCUGUUUAUAGUUCACUACAAGGUUCGGUCAAGUCAUGGAAAAAUCUGAGUUGAAAAGCCUGGAUUCUUUGAAUACAGGGGCUGAGAUAGACAGCAAGCUGACCAGCCUACUGAAUUUUUUUAUGGCACAAAAUUUGCCUUGGAAAGUGGACUUAGGAAAUGAGGAAGUAAAAUUAGAUUCCGGCUCUAAAACAGAGCCCCAGUCUCCAACCAGUUGUUGUCAAUCGAUAUUUGAGAAGCUGGAACUAGAGGAACCUGGUACUGCGUUACACAUCACGGUAACGUUCCCGGAUCUGAAGGAGCUCUAUUUCAAGACGCAGUCACGUGUUAAUCGCCAUUCCAGGCAGCGAGUGGUCAAAGGCAAGGUUAGAGUUUGUGUUGCCACCGGGGGCCAUCAAGUGCAAACUAUUGAAGUUUACGUGGAAAGGACUCCUGAUGCAGCACAUCUGGUCGGAGAUAGAUGUGGAAGGGUUCACCUCAAGGCUCAGCCUGGACCGUACUUUUCGAGUAAGUACUUCUUUACGGUUGAUUUGGACUCCGUUUACGAAUCUCCCAGUAAGCGUGGCGUUCCAGUCUACAAGCUAUCCACAGUGGACUCAGAGAGACGAAACAACUUUCGUUUGGUGGUGGUUGUGAUCCUGAUAGGUGAUGCUCGCAGUAAAGAGUUCAUUAGCCCCCCGUUUCGCCUUCGUAGCAGACUCAAUGGCAGGUUUAGAAGCAUGUCACUGUAGUUUAACUUAGCGAAGGCUAUUCAAUCUCUUGCUUCAUUGAUGAACGACGAUUUAGGUUUUCCAGUAAAAAAAUUAUAGACACUGAUUUGUUCGGUGAAAUUUUGUUCUCCGUUCUUUUGAUUGAAGAAUGCCUAACUGCGGCAAAAAUAAAUGCUUCUGGAAAAGACAACUGAUUAAAGGGACAAGAGUAUAUUAAAAGGAGAUAAUUGAGCAGAGAAAAAUCAUUAUGUUGUAUUGCCUAAGAGAGAGAGAGAGGGUGUUAUAUUUUUACAUUUAACAAAAAUCUGACAGUAGAUUUAAAAAAUCUGGUGAUACUACAGUUGCGAAAUCCCAUAAAGCCAAAUAAAAAAAAUAAAAAAAAAAUAAGAUAAAAAAGAAAAAACCAAAAUUAAAUUAAAAAAGCAAAAGAAUAUCAAAGGAUAAGGUUGUGUGAACGGAUCCUUCUUUUAUUUAGCUGGAGGUCGGCCAUCAAUGAAUCAAUUUCAACCAAUUUAUGGCCAAAGAGCAGGUGAACAAUGGAUGGCUCUGAAUAUUGUCUCGUUCAAAAAUCAGCAGUUUAAAUGCCAUUUCUCAUUUGCCUCAAACUGAUAGAUACCACGGUCUUGGCAAAUUGUCGAAAAAAAGCUCUACAAAUUUCCAAUCACAGAAUAGGACGAACUAACCAGUUACGUGAUUACAAACAGAAGUCGUCUUACAAACAGAAGUCGUGAUUACAGACAGAAGCCUGACUUUUUUCAUGUUGCAUGAUUUGCAUCAAGCAACUGACACAUCAGUUGCUUGAUGGAAAUCAUGGAACAUGAGAAAUAAUUACUAUCUCCAAUUAUUCAUUUACUGAGACAAACUAACGUAGAAGUUACUUAGGAUCCCACAAACUCGGUUCCUAGCUCGAAGAGUAGGUGUUGUCUCAUUUACUUUAUUGGUCCGGCUAUAUCCUCUAGUCUCCACAGUGCUUAUCCCUUAUUCCCUAAUUGUAAAGCUUGCUUGCUCAGCCAGAUUCUCAAUGCAACUUGAGAUUGAAUAUUAUCACAUACGUGUGAGUCAAGAAACUUGUUUGUCUUACCGGUUCACAGCGACUGGUUGAGGUGUUACGUUAAAUAUUAUAUAUCUUGAUAUUCAGGUAUGGGCCUGGUUUCAAACGAUCGAACUUUUCAGACCAUCUUUUUAUGCGCAAAUGCAAACGAGCGAGAGUCAAUCGGAAUAAAGCCAACGAAGGUAUCGGCGAAUUUUGGAAAGCCAUCGAAUUGAAGCCUUCGAGAAGCCAUUGAAACUCCUAGAUAAGAAAUCUUCAAUGCGUGGAGUUCACGCACUUGUUUGCCACACGCAAUUGUUACAUCUCUUAGACAGUUAUGGCACAAUAAUCUCUAUUUCAAGUUACCCCAGGUCUUAAUCACCGGAAAUUGUAACUUCACUAGUUCACUGUGCUCCGCCUUUUGCGAUACGCAAAAUAUGGGGUAAUUGCGGCGGCGACCCCCCAAAAAACUCCGGGAAUAGUCCUUGGCUUCCAAAAUGGUAUUAAAAGUUACAAAUUGGCCCUGGAAACUUUGCCUUUCUUUGUUGGAACAUUUUAUAUAUCACGGUUUAAAACAUUCUAGAUUGAACGCCGCCCUUCAUCAUUACUCGUUUAUUGUUUCGAUAUCGAAGUGCUAAAAGGUUUAGCGCAUGAAAGGUUCGACAUUUGAAUCUAAGGCCCACUACUCAGAUUACUGCUGUGCAGUAUUAUACACUAAGUCAAAUGCUAGCUAAUCAAAAAUGCUUUACUCAUAGCUAAGAAUGCCAGAGUUAGUAAUUACUGCCUGGCUAGGCCUUUAAAAUAGAGCAAAGUAGGAAAAAAAGAUUUUAGGACACGUUUAAGCUUUUAGUGCAAUAUUAUACACCAAGUCAUAUGUAAGUUAGCGAAAAGUACCCAGCACAGUUAACAAUAAGAAAGUAAUUAGCUAGGCCAAUAGAGCCAAGUAGGAAUUGACACCCAAAAAAAAUUUUUUUGGAAGACAAGUUACAGCUUUUAGUUUCUGACAGUUAGGUUUAUUCCCCAUUUUCUUAUCGUGUUAAACAGCUCAUCUAUCAUGAUCUAUAGUCCGCAUUUCUCGUGUCCCCGAGAUAUCUACUGAUUUCCCUGAGCGGUGAGCCUGGCUCGCAGUCUUCGAGAAGCUCGCGACAACUUACAUAGGAUUAGCUUGAUACAUCAAAUAAUCUUCCCUGUAAGUGCAUCACAUGCCGGGCUUGUGGAAAAUCACCAUAAUUGCACGUUUAUUAUGAGUUUUGGUUAUCUUAUCAAUGAUGUCAGUACCUGACCUGUAGUCAUGCAACCUAAAAUUUAAGUUGAAAUAUUUAUAAUCAGUUUUAUUUUUAUAAGCUUAUAUUUAAGGUGAUUGUGUUCGCUAUCAUGAUUAUCUCCCCAUAACAAGAGUCUUCUCUGUCGCAUUGGUUAAGUUGUCUCUAGCAUUCGCUCCCUAGGACCUCAAAAGAAAAACCGAGAAACUAUUAUUAAGCAGAUGGUCUGUGGCUUACAUUCGAUCAGGAGCAAUGCUAUAGUUUACUAACAAGUCUGGUCACCAAGUGCUACAGAGAACGGUUACGUGCGAUCUCUUGAUUGUUUGAUUUUCCGAUAUUUUUUCUUGCAAUUUCCAUAUUUCGAAGUGAAAAUAAAUGACAUCAGCUUAGACUGAACUCACAUCCCCACCUGAGAGGGGGGUCGAGAGAAAAACAUUUUUUCAAGUACGAUUUUUUCACGUUGUAAGUUAGGUCAUAUGAUAUGAUUGCCAUUUUUUAUCAGAAGUUUGAAAGUAUUUUCAUAAACAAAAAAUCCGGUAUGGUUAUGAUCGGUAAAAUACAAAAUUCGAGGCAACAAUUUUUUUUUGUUUUUACUACGAAGGUACCUUGAGGAUACCGAAAAUUUAGUUGCAUUUUUCAGGAAUAACAGUUAGAUAGGAGUCAAUAUUUUUCUACAAACGUAUUCAUUUUAAAAACGAGGCCGCUGUCGCUCUCUUAGAUAGCAAGCUUAAAAUAAUAUCAAAGUUUGCAUACUAUAAGGCUAAAACCAAGCUUAUUAGAUAAUCAUACUAUACAUUUUGAUAUCUUUGUUUGUUUGGCUUUAGUAGCAUUGUACUGAGUUACUAUUGUACGACAAAUAGUAGGCAUUAGUGGUAGUGCACGAGUGCACGAAUAUAUAUAUACCGCGUACAUUAUAUAACCAAAAAACACUCAACCUUUUGAAGUAUAGUUGUAGCAGACUCUGUUUCACUUGAACACUAACCUGACAGAAGUCCCUAGUUCUUGCUAGAACACCUUGCUACAAUUAGAAAUGAACUAUGAUGAACGAUGAGCUAUGAAGGAAUGAGCUAUACGAAGAACGAAUAUUACUGACCAGUGGUCUAACGAAAAAAAUAGCUUCUCUUUGUCAGUGAAUAGAUGGUCUACAUGCUUAGUUACUUCUGUUUUAUUCAGUUAUUUCCUACCCUGCAAGGAACGGAUCAAGAGUCUGUUAUAGCCGUUUGAAUUUCUAUUUUUAUAUACAAGCAACUUGGUUUGCCUAGCAAUAUAGUUUUUAUAAAUAAAGCUGAUUUCAAUACCAGUU